AUGGGCCCCUGUACCGCCUCCUCAUGCUGCUGCCAGGCCCGUAAUCUGCCAUGGGCCCCGUACCGACUCCUCAUGCUGCUGCCAGGCCCGUAAUCUGUCAUGGGCCCCUGUACCGCCUCCUCAUGCUGCUGCCAGGUCCAGAGUGUGUCAUGGGUCCCUGUACGGCCUCCCAUUGCUGCUGCCAGGCCCGUAAUCUGCCAUGGGCCCCCGUACCGACUCCUCAUGCUGCUGCCAGGGCCCAUAAUCUGUCAUGGGCCCCUGUACCGCCUCCUCAUGCUGCUGCCAGGUCCAGAGUGUGUCAUGGGUCCCUGUACGGCCUCCCAUUGCUGCUGCUAGGCCCGUAUUAUGCCAUGGGCCCCCGUACCGACUCCUCAUGCUGCUGCCAGGUCCAGAGU